CACACUUAUUGUAACGCGGAAGAGGUCGUGAUGUGGCGGCUGCACGACACGGAUUAGCCUAGCAUGUGGACUUUAAAUGGACUGGAUCACUUUAUUUAUCACUGUUACUGCGCUUUUUAAGGAUGAAACGAGGAGUUCGAGGUGCAGUGUUGUGUUUUUUGCUUUUGUUAUCGCUCGUGUGUGAGUGUGAAUGCGAUGACACUGAGCUCUCACACAGCAGGAGACAGCUGGAGAAAGCUGAGGAGAAGAAACAACAACAACAAACACACACAUUCACCUCAGGAGAAGAACCAAACCCACAAACCGACUCUCACAGUAUAAACACCACAGAAACACAGGGCAAUGAAACGUUACGUAGCAUCACGUCGGCUGCCAAGGCGACGACCUCGACCCCGCCCACGGUCAAGCCCAUCCUCCCGGUUCAGACAGGGGUCAAGGCGCAGGAGGAGGAGCAAUCGAGUGGCAUGAGCAUCUUCUUCAGCCUGCUCGUCAUCGGAAUCUGCAUCGUAUUGGUUCACCUUCUGAUCAGGUUCAAGCUUCACUUCAUGCCCGAAAGCGUAGCUGUGGUUUCACUGGGAAUCCUGAUGGGAGCAGUUAUAAAGAUCAUUGAGACUCAGGAGUUGGCCAACUGGAAGGAAGAGGAAAUGUUCAGGCCCAACAUGUUCUUCCUCCUGCUGCUUCCUCCAAUCAUCUUUGAAUCAGGAUACUCGCUUCAUAAAGGAAACUUCUUCCAAAACAUCGGCUCCAUCACGCUGUUUGCCGUCAUCGGGACGGCCAUAUCCGCCUUCAUCGUCGGGGGAGGGAUCUACUUCCUGGGACAGGCAGACGUUAUUUACAAGAUGACAAUGACGGACAGUUUUGCGUUCGGUUCCCUGAUCUCAGCGGUGGAUCCCGUAGCCACCAUCGCCAUCUUCAACGCCCUGAACGUGGACCCGGUCCUGAACAUGCUGGUGUUUGGAGAGAGCAUUCUCAACGACGCCGUGUCCAUCGUGCUCACAAAUACUGCAGAGGGCUUCACCGGCCCCGACGCCUCGUCUGUAACCGGAUGGCAGACGUUCCUGCAAGCGCUCGGUUACUUCCUGAAAAUGUUCUUCGGCUCAGCUGCUCUCGGUACACUCACCGGCCUCAUCUCCGCCCUCUUUCUGAAACACUUUGACCUGAGGAAGACGCCGUCUCUGGAGUUUGGGAUGAUGAUCAUCUUCGCCUAUCUGCCUUAUGGUCUGUCUGAAGGGAUUAAACUGUCAGGUAUAAUGGCCAUCCUGUUUUCGGGGAUCGUGAUGUCUCACUACACUCAUCAUAACCUGUCUCCGGUAACACAGAUCCUCAUGCAGCAGACACUCCGCACCGUCGCCUUCAUGUGCGAAACCUGUGUGUUUGCCUUCUUGGGUCUCUCCAUUUUCAGCUUUCCUCACAAAUUUGAGUUUUCUUUUGUUAUCUGGUGCAUUGUUUUGGUUCUUCUUGGUCGGGCUGUAAACAUCUUCCCUUUAUCCUUCUUACUGAACUUCUUCCGUGAUCACAAGAUCACACCAAAAAUGAUGUUCAUCAUGUGGUUCAGUGGCCUGCGGGGGGCGAUCCCGUACGCCCUGAGCCUCCACCUUGGCCUGGAGCCCAUCGAGAAGCGGCAGCUCAUCGGCACCACCACCAUCGUCAUCGUGCUCUUCACCAUCUUGCUGAUGGGAGGCGGGACCAUGCCUCUAAUCCGCAUCAUGGACAUCGAGGACAACCAAUCACGGCGCAGGAACAGGAAGGACAUCAACCUGAGCAAGACGGAGAAGAUGGGUAACACAGUAGAGGCAGAGCAUCUCUCGGAGCUGACGGAGGAGGAGUACGAGGCUCACAUUGUACACCGUCAGGACCUGAAGGGCUUCCUGUGGCUCGACGCUAAAUACCUCAAUCCCUUCUUUACUCGCAGACUGACGCAGGAGGAUCUGCUGCACGGCCGAAUCCAGAUGAAAACUCUGACCAAUAAGUGGUACGAGGAAGUUCGGCAAGGUCCGUCUGGCUCUGAGGAUGAGGAUGAGGAAGCUGAAUUACUCUGAACCACACACACACACACACACACACACACACACACACUUCUGCUGAAUGUGUUACAUGGGCUGUACCAAGUCACUGGAAUAACGACACUUUUUCACAUAAAUUAUUAUAAAAAUGGAAGGAUUGUAAAAUGUCACAUGGACCUUUGACAUAAGAGCAAUAGCAGGUUUAUUUCUUUAUGUUCUGGGGUUUUAUAACGAAGCUGCUUUUUUACAUUAGAAAUGAAAUACAAAAAAAAAUGAUCGUAUCGAACGUCAACAUCUGGAAUGAAGACAAAUUACACACCGACACGUAUUUACAAAAAAAAAAAAAAACAAAAGCAGUCUAAUCUGCUGUUAAAGUCCUGACACUGGAGGCUCCUUCUGUACGCGUUACACAACUCCGAUGUCCGCCGCCGAGUCUCGGUAAACGAGCUGUUGCUAUAGAAACAUAUUAGAGCGUAUCAGAAGGAGCUCGUUAACACAAAGCGGCGCCGGAUUUCCACAACAUUCCUCUAUAGAGAGAGGAGAUUAGAUUAAAUUCAGAUUAAAAUUUGUCUUUAUUCCAGAUUAUUUAGUUUUGCUGCGAACGGACGCAUUUGGACGUGCGGGGGAGGGGGAGGGGUGGUCUGUUUUCUUUUCUUCUGCUUGUUCAUUCGAUAUUUAUUGGUUUUCUGUAUAAUCCUGAGGAAUAUUUGGAGAUUUUAUGGUUGUUCCUGUUGCUACUGAACGAGAAUGUAGGAUAAAGUCUGAUGUUAGACAAUCAGACACACAGAGACGACACGUUCUGUUUUUAGUACGAAACGUGUGUGUUUGUUAAAAAUAAGCUCAUAUGUCCACCGGGAGGGGACAGUAAUCUAGUUUUAAACAGAGUUUUAGUGAGAUUAUUCAGCUCAUUUGUGAAGGUUACUAGGAAGGAAACGAAAGAGGUCUUUUGUGGGUUUUUUAUAGUGUUUGUUUUUAAAGCGAUAAACCAUCAGAUUUAACUUAUUUAACCAUAACAAAAGUGUCCAAAAUGAUGCAGAGAAAUUUAUCUUUUAAAUGAAUCUAUCUAGGGCACGGUGUCUUAGUGGUUGGCACGUUCGUCUCACACCUCCAGGGUUGGGGGUUCGAUUCCCACCUCCGCCUUGUGUGUGUGGAGUUUGCAUGUUCUCCCCGUGCCUCGGGGGUUUCCUCCGGGUACUCCGGUUUCCUCCCCCGGUCCAAAGACAUGCAUGGUAGGUUGAUUGGCAUCUCUGGAAAAUUGUCCGUAGUGUGUGAGUGAAUGAGAGUGUGUGUGUGUGAGUGAAUGAGAGUGUGUGUGAGUGCCCUGUGAUGGGUUGGCACUCCGUCCAGGGUGUAUCCAGCCUUGAUGCCCGAUGACUCCUGAGAUAGGCACAGGCUCCCCGUGACCCGAGGUAGUUCAGAUAAGCGGUAGAAGAUGAAUGAAUGAAUGAAUGAAUCUAUCUAUUUAAUAUCAGUAAAGAAUAAAUAAAUAAUAUCAACGGUAAAGUUUUACUGUAUAAAGGCUACAGGCGAGAUGAUUUAGCCUCAGAUUUGGACUUUGUUUUCGUUCUAACUCUCUGAAAUUUCUAGAUAAACGCUAAAACAUGCAUUUUCUUUUUCCACGGGGGACCUAAACUUUUGCACUCGAUGUGCCGCACACAAACUCCACAGAUGAAGGAGAACAGACUCCGGAGGUUUCGUUAAUGGGGUUAAAAGUUUAUUUUAGCCAAAAAAAAAAAAACAAGCCAAGUCGUUUUCAUCGGACGGAUUCGUAGUGAGUGUUGAAGCUACUGUUUACAUCUAAUCACAGCGUAACGUCUGAUCAUCACGCGGCCGAGCGACGAGGACAACACGGUGUGUGAAACCUGCUGAUGAAGGGACAGAUUAGUGCUUUCAGCUUCACUGCUUUUCCUGCUCAGGAGAAACAUUUCUGUUUUCUGAAACACUGCGACUGAAAGGUGAAAUAAAUCGGUUACAGCAGUC